GCUACGGUUAUUAUAUUAACAUUAAACUAUCACAACCGAUCCAAAGAAGCAUUUCAACUCGAGAACUGGCAUAAUAACGUACUGGAAAUUUAUAAGGGCGUAUUUAAUUGAGGCAAACAGUGGAGAACAAGGGCGAUCUGAGAGCCGUUAGAUGACCAUAAACCUAAGUUAAACUGGAGGUAAAUGAAGCUGCAGGCUAUACCGUUGGCUAGAAUGUAGGUUUAAUGGCCAGGUGUGUGGAAUGGCAGGACCAAGAUGUCUUAUCCUUGUGUGCCACAGACUCUUCCCACUCUCACAGACUUGCUACAACAAUGGAAGCAUCUCCGGGUUACUCCGAGAGGUCGGAGGGUUAUGAUUACGAGUUUGUACCUCAGCCUGACCCCAAGUAUGAAUGUCCAAUUUGUCUGCUGAUAUUACGUGAGCCGUGUCAGACAGAGUGUGGGCACCGCUUCUGUCGGGGCUGCAUCACCAGGUGGCUCAGUGAACAUGAGACCAGAAGGUGCCCUGCAGACAAUGAGCCAAUCACAAAGGCACAACUUUUUCCUGAUAAUUUUGCCAAACGAGAAAUCCUGAGUCUGAGAGUACGAUGUCCUAACGCCAAACAUGGAUGCGAUAGUGUCGUGGAGCUGGGCAAAGUCCAGGAGCACGAGGACAACUGCCCGAUGACUUACCAGCCCUGCCCCCUGGGCUGUGCUUGUAUCUUGUUCAGGAAGGACGUAGAGGAGCAUGUGGCGAAGUCUUGUGAGAGCCGUAGGGUGGAGUGUCCAUUCUGCCAUGAGACUGUCCUGGCUGGGCGUGCGCAGAAUCACCAGCAAGAAGAAUGUCCAAAUAUAACUGUGCUCUGCCAGUUUUGUCAACUGAAGCUCAUGCGAGAACAGAUAAAGCGUCAUUUGGAUACGGACUGCCCAAAUGUGAAAGUCAAGUGUGUUUUCAGUGUUUGGGGCUGUGAUACAGAGGUUAUACGCUCAGAUCAGGCAAAUCAUCAGAGGGACUCUACAGCGUUCCAUCUGCGUUUGCUGAGUACUGCCUUCUGUAGGUACUGUAUGAUACAGGGCAUUGUCCCGGAGGCACUCACAACGGGCAGCAGCCCUAUGGGGGGAGUUAGCUCCCCUGACGUGCCCGAGGGUGUGUCUGAUCUGAGUCGACUGAUGCAACGUCACAGCAUAGGAGCAGGUCCUGGGGUUACAAGCUCCCCACGGCAGGAACCUCAGACAUUACCGGCUAUAGCCAGCACAGGAGCACCGCUUCUUUCGGGCGUCACCUUCCAUUCACACCCUCUUCCUACAGAGCAACAACAACAACCACACCAGGCUGUGACGCGCAGCUCAUCGCUAGGGGCUACAGCGGGUGCAGUGGGCGCGACUGAAGAAGUUCCUGGGACUAACACUUCGACUCGGGAGAACUUCUUCCACUUUAAGUCUGGUCAGGAUACUCAGCGUAAGGACAACCUGGGUAUGCCGUUUGUAUUGAGCUCAGAGUUCACGUCCCUAAAGGAUCAGAACAUGAUCCAGGAUGAGAGUCUAGCCCGCCAUGAUCAGCACAUCCUGGAGCUCCAAAACAAGAUCCACAUGUUGCAACACUCCAACCAGGAGUUCAAGCAAAAAGUCCAUUACCUCGAGGAAAAAUUGUCCUUUUAUGGUACGUUGGAAUCUCGUGCCUGCAACGGCAACUUCUUGUGGAAAGUGAAGAAUUUCUCGAGACUCCGGCGAGAGGCUGAGAUGGGUGAGACCACGGUGCUACAUAGUCCUGCAUUUUACUCCAGCCUCUACGGCUACAAGAUGUGUGUGCGGGUCAACCUGAACGGUGUGGACACAGCUCGCGGAACACACAUGUCCAUAUUUGUACAUUUCAUGCAAGGUGAAUUUGAUGACGUUCUAGACUGGCCAUUUGAGGGAAAAAUUAUUCUAAGUGUCAUCGAUCAGAACCCAAUUUGUGAAAUUCGACAUCACAUCAUUGAAACUCUUUUGGCAAAGCCAAAUCUGGCUGCUUUUCAGAGACCUAUGACACAACGAAACCACAAAGGAUUUGGCUAUAUGGAGUUUGUUCCCCUGCAUAUCUUAGAUAGCUGCUCCUAUGUUCUAAAUGACAUUCUCAUUAUAAAGGCCCAAGUUAUUCCAGCAAAUGCACUGUGAUAUCACUCUUAUAGGAUUACAAAGAAGCAAAUACAUAUCUUGAGCUAUCUGUAUCACAUGUAUUAAUUAAUUAUAUUAUAAUAUGAAGUCAUAUUGCUGGAUCUCUGUAUAAUUAACAUAUUGUUACCAGUAUUCAAGUUAAGGGAUUUUAUAUUCAGUUUGAGUUUGUGUUAAAUGUCCAACCCUAACUGUGUAAACGUUGUUCCAUAACUGAUCAUUAUUCAAAGUUACACGAUUGUUUGAUCCCAAGACACAUGUACAUGUUUGUUUUUAAAAUACUGGUAACUAAUUAGGCCUGACUGCAUUACCUCCCUUGAAGUUAUUUUCAUGCUCGUUUGUCGCAUUUUAAGGGUCAAGGUUGGGUUAGAUGGGACCUCUGACAUUGGCUAGUGCCAAGUUUCGAAGUUUCGACCUACUUUUACAGACAUCCCCCUGUCUAAACUUCUACACACCAAGGCUGUGACACAGAUAAGUCACACACAAGCUGUAACCACACACAAUCCAAACACACAGGCUGUAACACACACAAUCCACACACACAGGCUGUAACACAGAUAAUCCACACACACAGGCUGCUCAGGAGAGUUCAGCCCUUUACUCCCCAGCAUCACUCUUAUUUACACAGGCCAAGAGGCUUACUGAUUUUAAUUUAGACUUCAUGAAGUUAUUUCAUGGUUCUAGUUACAUGUAGAACUGUAGUGAAUGAAUGCAGAAUGCUCCAGUAAAUGUUAUAACCAUGAAGUUAUUUCAUGGUUAUAGUUACAUGUAGAACUGUAGUGAAUGAAUGCAGAAUGCUCCAGUAAAUGUUAUAACCAUGAAGUUAUUUCAUGGUUAUAGUUACAUGUAGAACUGUAGUGAAUGAAUGCAGAAUGCUCCAGUAAAUGUUAUACAUUUAUAUCACAGUGAAGAGUAUGUGUAAUUACUAUGUAAUUGGCAUGGUCAGAAUUGAACCGGUGGUCAGUGGGUUGACGAGAGCUCGCAGUCAGCAGUUGUCUUGUCAUUUAUACCCAUAUUUAAUCUUUGGUCCUGGCAGCAUGGCUCUGCUAGCCAGCUUCAUACAUGUAGGCACAACAUGUAGACUUCUGAUGGCUCAGCCAGCUCAAACAAGAGAGCAGGUGUUAACAUACCUUUUUCUGAUGCUCGAUUUAAAGCUUGAUAGUUUUGAUCGCCUGUGUUACGCUCUUGAUUAGAAAGUUACUGGGUGUGUUUUCACCGUUAUGGAUGACUUCAUGUUGAUUGUGACAGAAGUAAAACCACCUUCUCAUUAAAUCACAUUUUUAGCACAUAUCUUAGCUGUGUCAGAAAUUAAUUGACUUGAAACAUGAAGUAGGAAACAUACCAGUACAUAAUAAAUAUUCUUUUGUCGCUCUUUUUUUUUUGUUCACGUAAAAUGGAAAAUGGCAUGCCUGAAUCAACAUUUAACCAGCGAACAUUUUUUUGUUUCAUUAGAAAGAUUUAAGCUUGAAAUCCUGUCAUUAUUUAUUUGAAGAACUGAGCAAUUAGUUUGACUUUUCAUAUAGUGUUUAGCUUUUCUUCUCUUCUUAGUUACAUUUCUUCACCAAUGACUGAACAGUGAGAGUGUCACAAUAGUUGUCCAUACUAUGGCUACAUAUAUGUAUGUGUGUCGAAUCUGAAUGGAACAGAAUUUCCCUUUGAACCAAAAUUCUUUAAUCAUUCAUUCUUAAGGAAAAAAAAUGGUAAUUUCUUAUAAUUUCAGAUUUAAAUUAAUCCUGGUCAAUAAAUUCGACUUGUAUGCAAUCCAGUGGACUAUCAUAAAACUAAAGUUAAACUUAUUAUGGAGCCUGAAAGUCCUGUAUGCCAACCUUCCAUUCAGCGAAAGCUGUAGCGAUUGAUACAUGAACGAUGAGGAUUAGCUACCGUUGGGUCGCUGCUAAACUACCAAGACUGUUGACAUUUUCUGUACCUUUGCUCAUGCACUCCUUUCCCCUGUGCAUAUUAAACAAGAAACAGUUAAAACAUUAAUGGUGCUUUUAUAUAAAGCCAGUGGAUUCCAGAUGUUGGUGUUGUAUCUUGUGUAGAGGCAGAUAUAUACACAUGUAUGUGGACAUGUAUGUCCUGUUGUCAGUGUGUAUCUUGUGUAGAGGCAGAUAUAUACACAUGUAUGUCCUGUUGUCAGUGUGUAUCUUGUGUAGGGGCAGAUAUAUACACAUGUAUGUCCUGUUGUCAGUAUGUAUCUUGUGUAGAGGCAGAUAUAUACACAUGUAUGUGCACAUGUAUGUCCUGUUGUCAUUGUGCAUCUUAUUGUUUGAAUAAAGAUAAAUUAAGAACAUUAAGCCUUGCCCUUAGCUAUAACCAAUAUUACAGGUAAAAAGACAGUCAUCAAUAUGCUUCAGGGCCAAGCUGCUUUAUGCAGUUCUCUCUUACCAUCUCGGUGAGGAGACCGGCCUAUAAGAGCUGUAGAAUGGU